GGGAAUUCGCCGCUCUUCUCUCCUCUGGUUCUAAGCGACUCUCAUCAUUCACUUGUAUCAGACAUAAACAAGAUUAUUGAUUAACCAAUUAAGUGACUCUCAUCAUUCACCUGUAUCAGACAUAAAGAAGGUGAGGCCAACUUAUACAAUGGGAGAGCAGAAGAAAAGUACUAAGACAGCCAUGCACAUGAAAAAAUUUAUGUCUUGGAAAGUAGAUCGAAGAGUAUCAGAGCUUGUUCAAGCUACCUACUUCAAGAACUUUUUGAAGUUUGAAGAAUCUAAACAUAAGCUAAAUCUGCCGCUUCUUACAGCGGUCAUGUCAUUCUUUGAUGACAAACAAAAGGCUUUUUCCUUUCCAGCAGAAAAUUCCAUGGUUGAUUUUGGCCUGGAAGACAUUCUCUACAUUACAGGACUUCCAAUUGAUGGGAAGCAGAUUAAGUGGCAGCCUUAUAGCAAAGUUGAAUUGCCCGAAUACACCUCUCAAUUGCGUAUGGUGUUUGCACAAGUUCCAUGCAUCUGCUUUAACACCAUCGCAUACAAUUGUCCUGGUACUUUCUUCAAGCAAUUAGGACAGGAGGAGUCAGACAUACGGGUGCCACCAGAAAUAAAGCCGAAUUUGGCGUCUAAGUUAAGCAGACACAAAGACAAGGACUGGAGAGAGCAUAACAGUUUCUACUCACAGAUGAAUUUGGCGUGGGAAAAACGAGAUAAUCGUUUGGUGUAUCAACGACACAAUGAGGAAUCUGAGAUGAAUUUCGGCUUCCAUUCCCGGUCUAUCUCAGGAAGAGGUGGAGUUGAGGCCAUCACCAAUGAUCCGGUUGAUAAUCAAGAUGAAUCAGAUGAAAUCCCUUUCCCUAUCUCAGUUGAGAACUUCACAGGUGCCAGCAACAAUGAUCAGAAUAGGUGGGUGUUGGGCCUCAUACGUAACACUUUACUGGCUGAAGACCAGUCUAUCUCAUGUAGAGUAGAGGCCAGCAAUAGUGAUCAGAUGAAUUCAGGCUCCUAUUUCCAGUCUAUCUCAGGCAAAGGUAGAGUAGAGGCCAGCACCAAAGAUCCGGUAUUUGUUGUGUUUAAAGUUUUAUCUUUUUAUCUCCAAAGUUUGGCCGUGGGGACCCCCUCUCCAUCGUGGAUUCUCUCUCCGGCAUGGAGAGCUCAAGCUCUCGGGGACACUCCGGAGGUUUCCUCUGUGGAGACUGAGGACGAUUUCUGCGCCACCACCUCGUUUGGGUCUAACUCUAACUCCUUUCCAACCGGUUUCUCUUUUCCAGAGAAUGUCAUACCUGACACAUAUGGAAGGGAGGCUGAGAACAAGGAGGAGGUAACAAAUUACUUAGAUGCAAUUCUUGAGGAGCUUAUUCUUGAGAUGACUGAGCAUAGCUUAGAUGUGGUUUUGGAGGCUAAGCAAGAUAUCUGUAGGAUAUAUGGAUUUGAUCCUCAAAGUUCUCCAAUGCACAUAGUGAGCCAAGGUGAGUCACUAAUUCGGAUGGUAUUUCUGAGCCAUAACAAUUAA